AUGCAACUUACACCCAUCAGAGUCCCCGGAAAGCGGAAAGCAAGAUCCGAAAAAGACGAAAAAGCGUCUAGGAAAGCCGCAAAGAUAUCUCCCGCUUCAGCAUCUGUUAAAAGUGAAAAUUCCCAAAGUUCGGAAUUUCGGGCAAAAGGCUCGAAGAAAAGAUCUCUCAAGUCCUUAAAAUCACGAAGAAAAAUGUCGCUACUCGAAAGACUACCGACGGAAUUACUUGAGACCGUGUACCUCUAUGCUCUGAACAUCAAUCUUCCUAGAGCUAGUCCGAUCAUCAGCGGAAAGUUGAGCAGUGAACUUAUUUACCACAAAACUGUCAUAGCUGCUUUUGGGCCUACAUGGGAGUAUUGGAAACAAUUCGAACAGGAGUUUGACAUUCACGGUUGCAGAAGAGCAUUCUUAGAUCCCGAUAAUUCAUACCUAUUGUUCGGGCCGCCGAAGUAUGACGUGGAUUCUCAAGUAGUUCUCCAAAGUAAUGUCCUUUCGUGUCGCUGGGCACGAACGCCAGUCAUUCUAAAAGCAAAGCAAAUCUGGCUGUUGGAGCAUAAUAUACCUGAUGGUGCCAUUUGGUUCGUAAGAGAAUCAGAAGGUGUUAAUCGAUUUCGAACAGGUUGGGAGAACGAAAGUGGAAAGCUAUUACCAAAGGAAAUAUACAACUUUGACGACGACUUCGAUGGUUUCUCGGAUUAUUGUUUACGAGAUACUCCGGACCCAGAGGUUCUUAUCGACUAUAAUUGCAAAGCAGGAAUUGAACACGAUGCCCAGCUUCCAAACAGAAUUCUAGUUGGCCCUUGGAACGAGGAAGAUAUCCGGUUAUUGUUCUGGCUCCUUGCAACGUCGGGUAUGAGGAACGCAAUAUCAAUAGGUGACACUCGUGCUGUCGUGCUUCUAUCUUGGCUAGGCCUUGCCGCCAGAACUGACCAUUCCUUGCUUCGGUGGGCUCUUCGCAAUGUCGGUGGAAACAAGGCAAAUGUAAUUACGCAUUUGAUCUUAUCCAUCGAGUCUGCAUACCAGAAUAUAAUGAGGCCACAGUCCAAGAAGAUCCGCGACAUGCUCGAUUAUAAGAUUUUAGAAGAGCUCGAAUUCACCAAGGAGGAAGGAGAACUGAGUGGCAAUCAACCGCUCGCAAAUUUAGCACAGACGAUCAUGGAAUGUCGCGCUCUUCAAAAAUUUCUUGGCCACUGA